GUAUUGACGAACCUCAUCACAAUAAUAAACAAUUAUACUACAUGGGUUCAAAAUAUCCAACACAAUCCUAUAAUGUCAAUGAAAUGAAUAAUAAUAAAAUAAGUGCUUCUAAUAAAUCACACACUCCUCUUCAUCAGAAUAUCCCACUUAAUAACUACAAUACGCCAAUGAGAUCCAGUGUAUUUACUGAGGGUAUUCCACCAGCUAAUAAUAUGGGAGUAAGUAAUCUCGACUCCCAAAUUGGGAAUAACUCCCGAGUUAGAAGAGUACCAGCUAGGCGCCGUCCACAAUCAAUGUAUGUUACAUCUGACACGAGCUUCAAUACUAAUUCGACAUCUCAAGAUGAUUCUGCCCCGAAAAGAGCUUCUUUCUUGUCAGCUUUGGCGAGUAGACGAAAUAGUACUAUAUAUGAUAAAAACGAGAUUUUUUAAACCACUUUUCUUAACCUCAUAUUUAAAUUUUACUAUGAUUGUAUUUUAAG